GAUUUACUCCUCCAAGGUCAAGGACAAGGUGAAAAGAACAGGGCUAAAAAUUAAAAAAAUAUGAAAUUCUUUAAUCCUAAGGCAAUUUAUGACUCUCCUGAUGGGGAUAAUUGCUUGGGAAAAACCUAUGAAUUUACCAAGCUAUUUACUGUAGGAGGUCUGUGGUUGUCUUCGAUGGAGAUGCUAGCUUUGAAAAGGCCCACUAAUGCUGCAGGUAUUGCUACUAGGGCAGCAACUUUUGCUCUUCCUGCAGCUGGAAUUGGAGCUACAUAUGCUAGUGUCUCUUGUUUACUUGGAUCUUUACGGAAUAAGGACGAUGAAAUAAAUCAUUUAAUAGCUGGUGCUCUAGCUGGAUCUAUUGUUGGAAUAAAGAGCGGAAAACCUAUGGUAAUGUUGAGCGGUGCAGUCAUUGGAGGUCUUGCAGGAUAUUUCCCUAAAUACUUUAUUGUAAGAGGAUUCGAUUUACUUAAAUGGAACAAACCAAUUACGAAAGAAAUGGCUUUCAAUUGGGAUCAUGAUAAGAAAUCCUACUUCUGUGAGAGGACGAAGGUUAAAGAACCCACAAACUAUUAA